AUGACCAAGGCAAGAGCGCAAAGAGGCACCCAGCCCAUCAAAUCCGAGCCUGGCGCGCCCCAUCACAGCAACACCUCUCCCACUCCUUCUGUCACCAAUACAUUCCACGGCUCCUCGGAGCAGGCCAGAAACGAAGCCGGCUCGUACACCGGACCUGCCGAUGUCAACCAAUCUUUCAUGAGAUCUGAUGCUCCGACACCCUCAGUCUUGAUCCCCAGCAACCCUGGCCUUCGCUCCGUACGGACGGCACUCACGAACCCCACGUUCGACGAGAGCGAGCCGGUCCUUCUGCAAGUCAGAAAUCGCGACAUGGAUCCUCCCGCCGCCUCCAUGCAGAACGACUCAUUCUUUGAUGGUUCCUUCCGAGACAUUGGUGCCAAGGUCAAGAUUUUCAACGAUACGCUCGGUGAACUUCAGCAGAUUGGCGUCUCUCAUGAUGUCGCACUUCCUCAGUUGGUCUUAGUCGGCGACCAGUCCGCCGGAAAGUCUAGCCUCAUGUCGGGCCUGGCUGGACUCAACCUGCCACGCAGUGAAGGCGUCUGCACCCGCUGUCCGAUACACAUUCGCGUCUCCCGCAGCGGUGCCCGAGACCGUGGUGGGCCCGAGUGGUCUUGCCGUGUCUCUCUGCAACAAGACUAUGCCUUCCGACCCCCUCCCAACUACAACAUCACCAAGGCCGAUGUCACAGCUGAGAACCCUUUCCCUCCAUGGGUCAAGCAAGCACGCGUCGUAAAGGAAUUUAUGACCAUCUACGACCAGUCAGACAUCGACACGGUCCUGAAAUGGGCACAGAUCGCCAUCCUCAACCACGACCAGAACCAUGAGCUCUACGUCCCGGGCACUGGCGCCAUCACGAAGCAGAGCCUGCUUGAUGAAGAGGCAGAGAAGACUUUGGCAAAGUUCAGUCCCAAUACGGUCGCGCUGGAAAUCAAGGGUCCUGACCUGCCCGACCUGUCGUUUUAUGACAUGCCCGGUAUAUUUCGUAACUCUGCCAGAGAAGAGGAUGAAUACCUUGUGUCCGUGGUGGAGAACCUGGCCCGCCAAUACAUCUCGCACGCGGGUGCUCUCAUCAUUUGGGCUGUGCCGAUGAACGUCGACCCGGAGACAUCCUCCACGCUAUCCAUCAUCCGCGACCUCCGCGCCCAGCAACGGACCAUCGGGGUCAUGACCAAAGCUGAUCUCCUACCAGAAGGCAACAACAACCAGUGGAUGUCGAUGCUACGUGGUGAGCGUCACAAGAUUGGUCAUGAGUUUUUCAUCACGUCUCGCCCUUCUGACAAGAACCUCGACGAGCAGCAACGCUGGGAGGAGGCCUUCUUCCAUCAGGACAGUAGCGAACGCUGGCCAGAAGAGUUUCACAUUUUCCGAGAGCGAUGCGGUGUCGAGAAGCUCAAGACGGCUCUGUCAGAGAAAUUAGGCAAGGAGUUUGCCAAGAACUUGCCCUCUAUCAAGCAAAAGGUCCAGACACGACUCGGUGAAAUUGAGAGACAGCUCAGCACGCUCCCCGAACUCCCCAACAACGUCGAGUUAGAGGUCAGAAAGAGCCUGAUGGCCUUUUCCACCAUCGUCAAGGAAACUCUCCGCGGAAGAAACUUUUCCUCUAACUACGGAAGUCUGUCGGAGAGUUUCCGCGACUGCAUAUUGCAAAUGAAGCCCAAGUUUGUUCUGAAGGACAAAUCUGAUAUUCCUGUCCUCGAAAUCUCUGAUGAUGACAAUGACUCACCCAACGUUACUCCUGGAAACCGAAAGCGUAGUGCGCAAGGUCAGGGCUAUGUGGGCGCGAAAAGACCGCGACCUACCGUCAAUGGUGGUUCUUUUACAGCGGCUGUCAAGACGGAAGACGGCGGCUCAACGCCACCCACUCCGUCUCGCAGAAGGCUGCCCCAGCCGGCACCACUUGUUGGCUCCUUCCAGCAGUACUUCAACCACGGCGCGGGAUUUCGGACGCUGGCGCAGAUUCGAGAUGACAUCAGAGCCAAGACCAAGGCCGGCAUGCCUAGCAUCGUUCCCGACGAGGUGUACGAAGAUCUCUGCAACAAAGCAGUAAAAGACUGGGACAAGCCCAUGGCCACAUUCCUGCACGAGACGAUGAGUCGACUGCAUAAGAUCGUCGACUAUGCUCUCGAUCAGGCUUUUGGCUCCCUCAAGAAGCGACUGAUCUUCAAGGAGUCUAAGGCCCUCAUGGACGAAUUCUUGAACCAGCGACGCGCCGAGACGAUGGCCUUCCUCAAGGAGGUCUUCGACAUGGAGACAUUCCAGUUGUUCACGAUCAACAAGAACGCCUUCGCGGAUUAUGAGCGUUCCGAAAGCCGGGUACUGACGCGGUAUCGCCAUGUUAUGCGCUGGCAGGCGUUUUCCGGCGAGGCAUCUGAGUUCCAUGAUUGGGAGAAAAUGACCCCCGACCAGCGGAGCUAUGAGGAGAGAAAGCAUAUCGGUGAGCUAGCGAAGAUGGGGCCGGACGCUUUCGAUAAGGAGUUGAAGGUAGCCGCCUAUGUUCGCGGCUACUACAUGCUUUCUGCCCUCCGUUUCACCGACACGGUUUGCCUCUCGAUCACAUCACGCAUGAUGCCAAAGAUCAUCCAGGAUCUUGACUUCUUCCUGGAAAAGAAACUUGGCUUGGUUGGUGGGCACGACGACAUGAUCUUUUCUCGUCUGAUGGAGGAGGACAACGACACUGCCCACAAGAGAGAGCGUCUUAAGGGCGAGCUUGAGAAGUUCAACAAGGCACUCCAGUCUAUUACGACUAACGAGCUGGAGGGUGUUUCCGGCUCGUCAUCACAGGGAAAUGCGCAAUUCGGAUUGUACGCUGAGUCUGUGGCUGAUAGCAUGGAACUGGACUCGUCAAUCUGA